AUGGCUUCCAGCUUCAAGAAGCCAACCUUGGCCUCCACCAGCCAGAAGAAGAAAGUGGGUCCGAAGCCUGAACUCACUGAAGACCAGAAGCAAGAAGUCCGGGAGGCGUUUGACCUCUUCGAUGCCGACGGAAGCGGGACCAUCGACGUGAAGGAGCUGAAGGUGGCCAUGAGGGCGCUGGGCUUCGAGCCCCGGAAGGAGGAGUUGAAGAGAAUGAUCUCCGAGGUGGACAGGGAGGGCACGGGCAAGAUCAGCUUCAACGACUUCCUGGCCGUGAUGACCCACAAGAUGUCGGAGAAAGACACCAAGGAGGAAAUCCUGAAGGCCUUCAGGCUCUUCGACGACGACGAAACCGGGAAGAUCUCUUUCAAGAACCUGAAGCGGGUGGCCGCCGAGCUGGGGGAGAACCUGACGGACGAGGAGCUGCAGGAGAUGAUCGACGAGGCGGACCGCGACGGGGACGGCGAAGUGAACGAGGAGGAGUUUCUCAAGAUCAUGAAGAAGACCAACCUCUAUUAA